CUCUGUCUGUAUAUCUCCGCAUAUAAGUUCAAGAUUGAAACAAAGCUGGUCGAUCUAUCGUUCUUGUGUUGUCACAGGAUUGUUGAAUUCUUCAAAGAAACCUUAUAAUAAAUCGUUGUGGCUAUGGCGCAUGAUCAGAACGUGCUUAAUGCUCUCGAUGUCGCCAAGACACAAUGGUAUCACUUCACGGCCAUCGUCGUCGCCGGCAUGGGCUUCUUCACCGACGCAUACGAUCUUUUCAGUAUCCCCAACGUUACCAAGUUGCUGGGGAGGAUAUACUACACCAAAGAAGGGUCGCCGAAGCCCGGAAGCUUGCCGCCGAACGUGUCAGCUGCCGUCAACGGCGUGGCUCUCUGUGGGACGUUGGCCGGUCAGCUUUUCUUUGGGUGGCUCGGUGAUAAGCUGGGGAGGAAGAAAGUGUAUGGGAUGACUCUUGCUCUUAUGGUGAUCUCUGCUCUUGCUUCUGGUCUCUCUUUUGGUCACACUGCAAAAGGUGUCGUCACCACUCUCUGUUUCUUCCGAUUCUGGCUCGGUUUCGGAAUCGGCGGCGACUACCCUCUCUCCGCCACCAUCAUGUCGGAAUACGCCAACAAGAAGACUCGUGGAGCGUUCAUCGCCGCCGUCUUCGCCAUGCAAGGAUUUGGAAUAUUGGCCGGCGGGAUAGUUUCUCUGAUCGUCUCGGCUGCGUUCGACCACGCGUACAAGGCUCCGCCGUACAACGUAAACCCGGCAGCUUCUCUUCCACCUGAAGCCGACUACGUUUGGCGGAUAAUCCUCAUGUUUGGAGCGGUGCCCGCCGCAAUGACCUUCUACUCGCGAGCGAAGAUGCCUGAGACGGCAAGGUACACAGCUCUGGUCGCCAAGAACGAAAAACAAGCAGCUCUCGACAUGGCCAAGGUCCUCGAAGUCGAACUCGAAGCCGAACAGCCAAAUAAAGAAGAAAAACCAAACAAAAGAGACAGAACCAGCUUCGGUUUGUUCAGUAAGGAAUUCGCUCGAAGACAUGGACUUCACUUGCUCGGAACAUGUACCACCUGGUUCUUACUGGACAUUGCAUAUUACAGUUCGAAUCUUUUCCAGAAAGAUAUUUAUUCGGCGGUGGGAUGGCUUCCUUCAGCCGGAGAAAUGAGCGCGAUUCAAGAAGUUUUUAAGGUGGCCAGAGCACAAGUACUGAUCGCUCUUUGCGGCACCGUGCCGGGAUACUGGUUCACGGUGGCGUUUAUAGACAUAUUGGGACGAUUCUUCAUCCAGCUGAUGGGUUUCUUCUUCAUGACCGUCUUCAUGUUGGCUCUGGCAAUCCCUUACGAUCACUGGACCAAGAAGGAAAACAGAAUCGGGUUCCUUGUGAUGUACGCACUGACCUUCUUCUUCGCCAACUUCGGUCCAAACGCCACCACUUUCGUCAUUCCGGCGGAGAUCUUCCCGGCUAGGUUGCGGUCGACUUGCCACGGGUUGUCGUCGGCGUCUGGGAAGGCCGGAGCCAUCGUCGGCGCUUUCGGGUUCUUGUAUGCUGCACAGAGUAAGGAUCCGAAGAAGACAGACGCAGGUUACCCACCUGGGAUUGGGAUGAAGAAUGCUCUGAUCAUGCUCGCCGUGAUUAACUUUGUUGGGAUGUUGUUCACUUUCUUGGUUCCAGAAUCAAAGGGGAAAUCGUUGGAGGAAUUGAGCAGAGAAAAUGAAGAAGAAAAUGAUGAACAUGGAGCAGAGUCGUCUUCUACUAACAGAACAGUUCCAGUGUGAGAAUGUAAAUUCAGUAUCAAACUUUUGGAAUGGUACUUGGGAUUGAUUUGAAGGAAAUAACAUCAAAAACACAGUCUGAUCUAUCAGCUGGCAUUGCGUAUGGCAGAGAUGAUGGCUUAGCAGAAAUAAGGCGAGAAUCCAAAUCCAUUAUGAUCGAUCGGUUUUACUGUAACAUAUAUUAUAGGCGGACAUAUGUGAUGAAAUGCUUGGGGUGGCUUUCAAAUUAUUGGUUCAGAAUGAUAAUUAAAUAUAUAUAUAUAUAUAAUUUUAAAGAAGUACAGCAUCUUAAUUUUUCUAAACUUUUGGGUUUACUGGCACCGAGUUCUGUUUGGGAGAUCACAGGUCCAAUGGUUAGAUUGGAAGAAACGUGUUAGCAUUGUGAUCGCGGAGAUUAUGACGUAUGAUGCAUUGACACGGGUAAUUAUUAGUGUCAAAUUGGACAAUGAAAUAAUAAAAGGCAUAAAGGAUUAUAGGUUAAAAUACAAGGCAGUUUGGAGUAAAAUAUGUUCCCAUUCAUUGAGAUAUUCUGUUAUUAGAAGCAAUCUUAUUUAAAAUAUU